CAAGCCCUCCUGCAGGCACAGGGUUUGGUACACAGGAUUCAGCAAGAAGACAGUCUGUGCUCUAAAAAAGGUCAGAUUCUCAUUCUGUAAUGCUUUUUGGUCAUGCUGUCUUUUUAUCACGCUGACUUACCUUUUCAGAAAAUGCCCCCGCUUCCGCUGGAGAAUGGAAAUUGGCAAAGAGAGACGGAAAAGCUCCAAUUUGCGCCUUUGCUAUUUUAGGAGAGGUUGAAAUUACGAGCCCAAGUGGAGUGAUGCGCUAAGCAGAGUGACCUCCGUACUCCUAGAAAAGAGAAAACCCAGGUUCUCUGCUUGUGAAGUGGCUCGAGCUCUUAGGCGUGAGGCAUUAUUAUAUAAAUUCAAGCUCGCUCGUGAUCCUUAGUACCCUGAGUUGCCUGAAGGGGGGAAUGGCACUGCCUGCGUGUGCAGUCCGGGCGUUCGAGCCGCCGCGGCAACCGGAACGAGGAGCGCCCGCCCGCACCACCUGUCCCCGCCGGCAUUCCAGAGUAGAGGCCGAAUUGGCAGCGAGCCGGCCAGGGUCGGUCGCCGCCUCAGUUCGCGCGGGCCCUCCUAGGGGUGUGUCUCACGGAUUCCACUCCCGGCCGCUCCUGGACAAGCCCCGAAAGGCGUCUUCUUCCCUGGCGGGAGCCGCGUGCGCCCCGCUUUUCGCGCUGCUGUCCCGGGGCCGCCGCAGGCGGAUGCACGUCCUCAGGCGACGCUGGGACCUGGGCUCCCUCUGCCGGGUCCUGCUCACUCGGGGCCUGGCCGCCCUGGGCCACUCGCUGAAGCACGUGCUCGGUGCGAUCUUCUCCAAGAUUUUCGGCCCCCUGGCCAGCGUCGGGAACAUGGAUGAGAAAUCCAACAAGCUGCUGCUAGCUUUGGUGAUGCUCUUCCUAUUUGCCGUGAUCGUCCUCCAAUACGUAUGCCCCGGCACAGAAUGCCAGCUCCUCCGCCUGCAGGCGUUCAGCUCCCCGGUGCGGGACCCGUACCGCUCGGAGGAUGAGAGCUCCGCCAGGUUCGUGCCCCGCUACAAUUUCACCCGCGGCGACCUCCUGCGCAAGGUAGACUUCGACAUCAAAGGCGAUGACCUGAUCGUGUUCCUGCACAUCCAGAAGACUGGGGGCACCACUUUCGGCCGCCACUUGGUGCGCAACAUCCAGCUGGAGCAGCCGUGCGAGUGCCGCGUGGGUCAGAAGAAAUGCACUUGCCACCGGCCGGGUAAGCGGGAGACCUGGCUCUUCUCCAGGUUCUCCACGGGCUGGAGCUGCGGGUUGCACGCCGACUGGACUGAGCUCACCAGCUGUGUGCCCUCUGUGGUGGACGGCAAGCGCGACGCCAGGCUGAGACCGUCCAGGUGGAGGAUUUUUCAGAUUCUAGAUGCAGCAAGUAAGGAUAAACGGGGUUCUCCAAACACUAACGCAGGCGCCAACUCUCCGUCAUCCACAAAGACCCGGAACACAUCUAAGAGUGGGAAGAACUUCCACUACAUCACCAUCCUCCGAGACCCAGUGUCCCGGUACUUGAGUGAGUGGAGGCAUGUCCAGCGAGGGGCAACAUGGAAAGCAUCCCUUCAUGUCUGCGAUGGAAGGCCUCCAACCUCCGAAGAGCUGCCUAGCUGCUACACUGGCGAUGACUGGUCUGGCUGCCCCCUCAAAGAGUUUAUGGACUGUCCCUAUAAUCUAGCCAACAACCGCCAGGUGCGCAUGCUCUCUGACCUGACCCUGGUAGGCUGCUACAACCUCUCUGUCAUGCCUGAAAAGCAAAGAAACAAGGUCCUUCUGGAAAGUGCCAAAUCAAAUCUGAAGCACAUGGCGUUCUUUGGCCUCACUGAGUUUCAGCGGAAGACCCAAUAUCUGUUUGAGAAAACCUUCAACAUGAACUUUAUUUCGCCAUUUACCCAGUAUAAUACCACUAGGGCCUCUAGUGUAGAGAUCAAUGAGGAAAUUCAAAAGCGUAUUGAGGGACUGAAUUUUCUGGAUAUGGAGUUGUACAGCUAUGCCAAAGACCUCUUUUUGCAGAGGUAUCAGUUUAUGAGGCAGAAAGAGCAUCAGGAGGCCAGACGAAAGCGUCAGGAACAACGAAAAUUUCUGAAGGGAAGGCUCCUUCAGACCCAUUUUCAGAGCCAGGGCCAGGGCCAGAGCCAGAAUCCGAAUCAGAAUCAGAGUCAGAACCCAAAUCCGAAUGCCAAUCAGAACCUGACUCAGAAUCUGAUGCAGAAUCUGACUCAGAGUUCGAGGCAGAAGGAGAACCGGGAAAGCCUGAAGCAGAACUCAGGCAAGGAGCAGAACGGUAACACCAGCAAUGGCACCAACGACUACAUAGGCAGUGUAGAGAAAUGGCGUUAAAUGGCUCAAAAAGGCCUGCACAUACUUCUCCCAAAGCGCCACUGAAAAGAUGGCAUAGUUUAAAAGAUGAAAGUGUCCAAACACAUCCUGCUUCCUUCAUUGGGGAAGUUAAAAAAAGAAAAGUUUAGAUGUUGCCUUUACAGUUGCCUUUCAAUUCAGUGUUAUACUGUGCGUGGGUAAAACAAAUCUCAAUAUGGAAUUAAAUUGUCUUUUUGGGGUUGGACUAUUUAUGAAAUCCGAAAGCCAAGCCAGACUCACCAGAAAUUGCUGUUUAGAUAUUUUAAGAAGUUCUUAAAUUAGUCAUGGAGACAAAAUGAAAACAUAAAAUGUGACCAUUUAACUUAUGGCUAAGAAAUGGACUUUAAAUUAUUCAUGAUACACUGUUAAAACCCAGUCUUGGAUUCAAACAUUUUUUCCAGGGGUGAGAAUAAGUAUAAACAUAAAGCGACUAAAAUGAAAUAUAAAACCUUUUAUUUUCUUCUGAUUUUAACAAGGAAUCUAUUUAAAUAGAAUAACAACUGAUGGUGAAUCUUACUAAGCUGUAGAAAAUAAAAAAUUCCUCUCCAAACAUGAGUAGUUUUAUGUCAAAAUAUUGGCUUUUCAAGAACAGGACUCAUAUCUUGAUAUUUAAGAGAUGUUUAAAAUUUAAAACUUUUUCUACCUUCUACUGUUUAAAGGUUUUAAACAGGGUGUAUCUCACAUUAAACAAAACAUCUUUUUUUUUUUUUUUUCCAAAAUGAAAUACCAAUGUAAAGAUCUAAUUUCCAGGCGCUUUCAGGGCACUGUAAUUUCAACAAUACUGGAAUCAUUUUGGCGCUGCUUCCCAUUCAUUUUAAGGCUUCUCUGAAUUGUGCUCAUUCCAAAUUAACCCAUGUAUAGAAUCUUUCUUCAUCAUCUAAAUGGUGUGUUGCUGAGUUUGUUGUGGUAUAUAAUCCUGGAUUAAAGUCAGGACUUUCUUUCUAUAGAAUUAUUUUAUCAAUAUUCGUGUAGUGAGGUCCUAAUCAAGAAACUUGAACAGGAUAAUGUGUCUAAAAAUAUUGCUGAAGUUAUUCUUGAUCAGAUAGAAUUUAACCUAAAAUGUGAACUCUUACUUACUUUUUCUACAUCUCUACUGUAAUGUUUCCAGUUGGGCCAACUAUUUCUAGCCCUUUAGUUCUUUUUCGUGUUGACAGAUUUGUAGACAAUUACAAAAGCCAAAAAAGGAUAAAAUAAGCAUUAGGAAGGCUAGCCAGAGUUAUUCAAUAGCACCUUGAUAAUGUGGGCAAACCCUUCUACGAAAUUUUUGUUUUGAAAAGAGCAAAAGUAAAAACUGUUCUGUAGUGAGGUUACAUAUCAGGAACAUAAUAGUUGAGCAGAGUGAUUUGGUAGUGUAAGUCGAUGCAAAAAUACUUCUAUGGUAUCAAUUACAAACUGACCAAGAUAAAAAGAAGUAUGUGACCCAUCGUGCUGUCAAGCAUCAUGAUUCCUGGCAGUUUUCAUUUUACUAUGGAUUUUGCUAUACUUAUGCAGUGACUUAUACUAACCUCCUGGCUGUAAAUCAAACAAGGUGACUGAAAGUGGCAUUUAUGUUUUCAGAAGGGACACGCUUAGAAGUGUGACCAUGAAGUUAUAUCUUUUACAAUCUGCUCAUGUGUUUCUUCUGUAGUAAUAUAGCCACAAACUGGACAAUAAGCUGGGUAUUUGGGUUUAAAAUGGAUUUUCUUGACUCUGAGCUUGUAUCGCUAUUUCUAGCUUUUGUUUUGUCUGACAGUAUUGCAAUCCUGAAAAUCCUGAGAGCUAAAAAACUGAAAGGAAGUUUUUAAAAACUACACUUUGAAGUCACAGUGUUUUAGAGUAAAACUAUUUUGUGUACAAUUGUGUUUUUAAAAUAGUUAGUAGAUCACUAUGAUAUUUCAAUUUUCUUUAGUUUUAAUUGAAAAUGUUUGCUUUUAAAACUGAUAGGUACUGUUGGAAAGCAGGAUGAAGCCUGAGCCAGUGGAAGAGCUUGUUACAGAAAAAAUAUUUUGUGUUAUUGCUGUGGUGUGCAUGAUUUGCAAAGACUAAGUGCAUUUUCUCCGUCUAUACUGAUUAUUGUAUAUAGAGGAUGUUAUAAAUAUACACUUUUGCCAUUAUGUAAAUCCUAUGAUUUCAACUGUAAACAUCUGUCCAUUGGUGUAGCUUUACAAACCAUUCACUGAUUUUGUGCAAUUUAACAAUAGAUAUGAAAUAAAGUUUAAAUUACA